GCGAUGCGGGCGCGAAUACCGGCGAGGCGCUUCCGCCAGUCGUGCGGCACUCGCUUGCGGUCCACGAGCCACUCCUGGAGGCGGCCAAAGGCGAUGUCGAUGGGGAGGUUGCGGAUCUCCGACGGGUCGUGCAUCGUCGCGCCCGCGGCGUCCGCGCGGCAGGCAGAUCACGCGGCCGGCGAGGGGGAAGGAGACGACGAACGCGAGGCCGGAACCGAUCGGGGAGAACGACGAGAGUGAAGUAGUGAACGAUGUAUGAGGAUGACUCUGUUGGACUCGGCUGCAUUUGGUUGUUGGGCUCGACGGUAGCUCUUGGGCCUCUUCAGUCCAUACCCAAACCUCCCCCGAUUCCGGCUCGCGUACGCAACACGCGGGUUGAGAUGCGGGGACCACCGGCAGGCUGCGAGAAAUCCCAGAAAGGAAUCACACGGCACGCCGUCUCGUGUGCUUCCUAGGUCAUUCGGUCAUUCCACUUCCACCAAUCUGUCUCCCAAUCUUUCUUGCUGCUCCAAUUCGCUCUCUUUACUCGGCCAGCGGAAGGGGAGAGGAGGGCGAGAUGACGGUGGAGAAGGUGGACGCGGGGCUUUCCGACUUCGACGCCCACUUCGAUCGCCUCUUCGCUUCCCCGGACGCCGCCUCCGACGGCAAGGUGAAGCUGCUGCUCUUCCUGGCCGACCGCAAGCCUGGCUCCUCCCUCUCCUGGUGCCCCGACUGCAACGUGGCGGAGCCGGUGAUCUACGAGCGGCUGGAGGCACUGGAGGGCAAGGACGCGGUGCUCCUGCGCGCCUACGUCGGGGACAAGCCCACUUGGCGCGACCCGGCGCACCCGUGGAGGGUGGACCCCAGGUUCGGGCUCAAGGGCGUGCCAACGCUGAUCCGCUGGGAGGAUGGCGCCGCCGCCGCCCGCCUCGGGGACGACGAGGCGCACCUCAAGGACAAGGUUGACGCCCUCCUCUGCGCUGGCGGCAACUGAGUACUGACAGAUCUGGUUUCCCGUUCGGGUUCCAUCUGCGUAGAGUGGCCAUAAUAACAUGUACUGUAAUUCAGUUCAUCUACAUGCCGGACCAGAAGCUGGGGAAUCGUGUGAAGCUUAAUAAUUCAGUUUAUCUACAUGCCGAACCAGAAGCUGGGAAAUUGUGUGGAACUAAUAAUUCAGUUCAUAUAUGACCAAAAAAAAAGAAACUGCGAGAUUGUUAAGCUAGUAUUUCGAUGGUAUCACAGUACAAUAUAGUACAUUCCCAGAGUCCGAAUCCUAGGUUCAAAUGUUCAAUUAAAUAAUUGCAUUUCACGA